AUGAUCAUAAUAAUUACUCAGCUUUUAGUAAUCUUUUUAAUUCUUCCUGUUUCAUAUGGAGCUGAAUAUACUUUAACUGUGAAUCAAUCUCUAUCUGGUGACCAAACAAUCAUCUCGGAAGGUGAAAGAUUUGAGUUGGGUUUCUUCAAACCAGGUCAGUCUUCCAAGUAUUACAUCGGCAUUUGGUAUAAAAAGGAAUCUACUAGCACUUAUCGGUAUGUAGUUUGGGUUGCAAACAGAGAAACACCCAUCUCUAAUAGAUAUAAAUCUAACUUAAAAAUUAUAGGCGGUAACUUGGUGUUACUAAAUGAAUCAAAGACUCAAAUUUGGUCUACAAAUUUGAAUACAAAUGCUACAAGUCCGGCAUCACUCGUUCUUCUUGAUGAAGGUAAUUUAGUUUUGAGAUAUGGAUCAAGUUUAAGCCCACCAGUAUGGCAAAGUUUUGAUCAUCCAACCGAUACCUUCUUGCCUGGUAGUAAGUUUGGAUACAACAGACGUACUAAUACAACGCAGGUCCUUACUUCAUGGAGGAGUUGGGAAGAUCCUGGAAUGGGACUCUAUUCUUUAGAGUUUGACCAUACUGAGAAGCAGUAUGUACUUAAGUGGAAUAACUCUGUACAAUACUGGACUAGUGGACCUUGGAAUGAUGAACAUAAAGCAUUUCCUCAAAUGACGCUCGAUGGUAUGUACUAUUUAAGUCGUAUUGACAAUGAAAACGAGAGCUAUUUCACAUUUUCCUCAUAUCCUGGAAUUAAAUCUAGUUUAUGGAUAGACGUAUCAGGGAUGAUUAAACUGGAAACUUCCCCUGGUUCGGAAUUGUCUUGGUCUCAACCACGUGAACAAUGUCAAGUAUAUCCUCGUUGUGAUGUUUUUGGUGUUUGCAAUUCAGAAAGUUGGCCGUCUUGUAAGUGCUUAACAGCAUUUACGCCUACAUCAAAGCGCAAUUGGAUUCUGAAUGAUUAUUCCGGAGGGUGUAUGAGAAAAACUGAGUUGAAUUGCAGUGUUAAGGAAAAAAAAGUUGAGUUCAUUCUAAGUUAUGCCCUGGUUGAACAUCUUUCGUUUCUUGAAAAUGAAACUCUUGCAAUGGAUGAAUCAGCAUGCAGGAGAUCUUGCUUGGAUGAUUGCACUUGUGAUGCAUUUAGUUUUAUUUUCAAAACAUGUCAGCUUUGGAGAAAUACACUUGUAUUCGUCGCAGACGAUCCAAAUAGAAAGACAUUUCUGUUCAAUAUCAAAGUUGCUUCUAAAGAUCUAGUAAGUCCUAUGACGAAUAUUCGUGGAAAGAAAAACAAGAGCAAUCUGGGAGUUGUUGUAGGGUCUGUUGUAGGUGUGAUUUUUGUCUUGGGAUUAAUUUUAUUUAUUUUUCGUAUGAAAGAAAAGAUAUUUGUUGGAAAAACAACAAUGAUGGGAUCUUUAAUGGUGUUUGUCUAUAGAGAUUUACAAAUAGCCACCAAAAAUUUCUCAGAUCGGUUGGGAAACGGUGGUUUUGGUUCAGUUUUCAAGGGUGUACUCCAUGACUCAUCCAUUGUGGCAGUAAAAAGGCUUGAAAGCAUUAGCCAGGGAGAUAAGGAGUUCAGAAGUGAAAUCAGCACAAUCGGGAACAUCCAACAUGUUAAUCUUGUACAUCUUUGUGGAUUCUGCGCAGAAGGUGACCGUAAGUUACUGGUUUAUGAGUACAUGCCUAAUGGUUCUCUACAUUCCAAUCUUUUUCACCAAAAACAAGAUAAUGUACUAAACUGGAAUGUUAGGUAUCAGAUUGCGAUUGGAACAGCAAAGGGGUUGGUUUAUCUUCAUGAGAAGUGCAGAGAUUGUAUAAUUCAUUGUGACAUAAAGCCAGAAAAUAUACUUUUGGAUGCCAAUUUCUGCCCAAAAAUUGCUGAUUUUGGUUUGGCAAAGCUCGUUGGUCGAGACUUCAGCAAGGUUUUGACAACAAUGAGAGGGACACGUGGGUAUCUAGCUCCCGAAUGGUUAUCCGGGGUUCCUGUGACAGCCAAAGUAGAUGUUUUUAGCUACGGAAUGAUGCUUUUUGAAUUAGUACACGGUAAGAGAAAUGCAGAGCUAUCUGAAGACAUGUGUUUUACGUUCUUUCCAAGUUUGGCUGCAAAUAUUGUUAUAUCAGGUGGUGAUAUCCUUAGCCUACUUGACACAAGGUUAAACAGGGAAGCAAACGUUGAAGAAGUCACAAGAAUAUGUAAAGUUGCAUAUUGGUGUAUCCAAGAUGAUGAAGACAGCAGGCCUUCAAUGAGUCAAGUGGAACAGAUUCUUGAAGGAGUUUCUGAUGUGAAGAUGCCUCCGAUCCCUCAGUCAUUCCAGUUUUUGGCAGAUGACUCAGAGGACUUUCUUUUCUUUGAUGAGUUACCCUCAACUGGGCUCACAAGUGCAGAUAUAAAGUCCCAUUGCUGAGGAAAAGUGGAUAUCAGUACUUUUUUUAUACACUUUUUUUGUUUUUCCUUUUGUAUUCUGUCAAACUUCCUUUGUUAUUUGGGUGUAGAAUCGCAGAUGCAUAUCUAUUGAGUGCGAGUUAUGCUACAAGUCUUUAAGUUUGUCUAAUUGUUAUGCUCUUUUCUAUGGAAAUCAGCAAAGUUGAACAUGUAUUCUAGAAUUUGAUUUC